GUAAGGCAGAGCCUGCACUCCAGCUUAGCGUUCAGUUAGGCACAGACGCCCCAGCUCCUCUCCUCUCCUCGGUUUUCAUUUGGACGUUUUGUUGGUGCAGCCGAACAGCAAAUAACCAGCCAUGGAUGCCAUCAAGAAGAAGAUGCAGAUGUCAAGUCUCGACAGUGAGAAUGCCUUGGACAGAGCUGAGCAGGCUGAGUCAGACAAGAAAGCCGCAGAGGACAGAAGCAAACAGCUUGAGGACGAUCUGGUAGCUCUGCAGAAGAAGCUGAAGGGAACUGAGGAUGAGUUGGACAAGUACUCCGAGGCUCUUAAAGACGCCCAGGAGAAACUUGAGCUGGCUGAGAAGAAAGCCACCGAUGCUGAGGGAGAUGUCGCUUCCCUUAACAGACGUAUCCAGCUGGUUGAGGAGGAGUUGGAUCGUGCUCAGGAGCGUCUGGCGACAGCCCUGACCAAGCUGGAGGAGGCUGAGAAGGCUGCUGAUGAGAGCGAGAGAGGCAUGAAGGUCAUUGAGAACAGGGCCAUGAAGGACGAGGAGAAGAUGGAGCUGCAGGAGAUCCAGCUGAAAGAGGCCAAGCACAUCGCUGAGGAGGCUGACCGCAAAUAUGAGGAGGUUGCCCGUAAGCUGGUCAUCAUUGAGGGUGACCUGGAGCGUACAGAGGAGCGCGCUGAGCUGUCAGAAGGCAAAUGCUCUGAGCUUGAGGAAGAGUUGAAAACUGUGACCAACAACCUGAAGUCACUGGAGGCCCAGGCUGAGAAGUACUCACAGAAGGAGGACAAGUACGAGGAGGAGAUCAAGGUCCUCACCGACAAGCUGAAGGAGGCUGAGACUCGUGCUGAGUUCGCUGAGAGAUCAGUAGCCAAGCUUGAGAAGACCAUUGAUGACCUGGAAGAUGAGUUGUAUGCCCAGAAACUGAAGUACAAGGCCAUCAGCGAGGAGCUGGACCACGCCCUCAACGACAUGACUUCCAUAUAAAUAUUUUACACCUCAUCAAAGACGUCUCCUGCCGGCUGAGCGGCAUCUGUGUGCUCUCUCCAGCCUUCUCUCCAUUUUCCCUUCCCACUCUGUCUUUGCUUUCCUUUCCUCCUCAUGUUUUCAACAUCAUGUCAAAGUUACUUGCGUCCCAUCUCUUGUACAGAAUCCUAGAAUCUUUCUGCAUUGUGUAAAAAAUAAACACCCUUCCUUCUAUGUAAGCUGUAUCUCUUUACUCUGUCCUUUGUUUUCUUUUUAAUUUCUAUUUAUUUUCAAGUGGCUCUAAUAAAACCAGGAAGCCUUGAUUUUAA